GGCUAUGCACAGUGCGGUCUUUCGUAUGUGGAUCGAUUACGGACCCACUACAACCACUUGCGAACACUCAAAAGAUGCAUUAUUAGCUUAAACUAAAUUGCUAAGAAUUAUACAUGCUGUGUAUGCUAAGUUAUACAUGUUGUGCGAACGGGGUGAUUCAUCUUAAAGUACUAUACCGAUAUACCUAAACACUGGCCAACAACCUCUAGUAACGCAAGUCAAUGUAAAGUCACGUGGUGCGAAUAGAACGGCCAUCUUUCUCUGAAAACACAAACAACAAGAGUAGCGAUCCGACAAGACAUCAACACGCAGUGACCGUAGGAGGGGGGAAAUAAUAAAUACAAUAUUUUUUAUCAUUCACAAAAUAUUGAAUGAAUGAAGAUUGUACACAAAAAUAACGUAUUUGAAAAAUUAUCAACAUUGCUUCAGUAAGCAGUUUGAAGGGAGGUGGUCAGGAAUCAAAGGUGUCCUCACCUGGAGAGUCUCGGUCAAGCCACGUUUCAGUUGGAGAGAGAACGACAGAAGGCGAGAGAAGAGAGGGAGAGGAGGAGGGAGAGAGUCGCGUCUGUUCCUGGCAGCUGUUCCAGCAGCCUGUUUUCUUCCCUGCGUUUAGAUUUAAAUCGAGAAGGAUCUUUAUUUUUUUAAGUGUGAUAUUACUGCUGUUGUCGUCCAAUCAUUAUUGUUACUAUUGACAGUGUUUUAUUUUGUUUGUUUCGUCGUUAUUGACUUGACAGUUUAUUCCAAUUUCUUUGUUCUUGUUUUUUAUUUGUACUGCUUUUUUUCGGCUGUGAGCAGAGGCUUCUUCCAAACUGUUCUCUUACCCGAACCAGCACUCUAUCCCCUAUACACACUUGAAACAGGCAGCUAUUCUUUAUCUCUGUGUGUUUUGGGGAGCUCUGUGAUCACAGCAAAAUAAGCACCACUCAGCCUUCUCACCUAAGCCUAACUAAGCCAGUCCUAGCCUGAUCCAGCCUGGUCCGCUCUUCUGGACAGGAUACUCAGCUCUGUAAAGACGUAAGGAAUAUGACUGCUGAGACACUUAACUUCGGCCCCGAAUGGCUCCGUGCACUAUCCAGUGGGGGGAGUGUGACGUCCCCCCCUCCUUCCCCCGCCAUGCCAAAGUACAAGCUGGCCGAGUAUCGCUACGGCCGAGAGGAGAUGUUAGCACUUUAUAUCAAAGAGAACAAGGCCCCGGAGGACAUGCAGGAUAAGGAGUUUGUGUCUAUUCUGCAAGAUGAGCCCAUGCAGCCGCUGGCACUGGAGCCUCUCACUGAGGAGGAGCAGAGGAACUUCUCAAUGUCUGUGAACAGUGUGGCUGUGCUGAGGCUCAUGGGUAAAGGAGGGGGAGUUGCCCCAGCGGGCGUGGCCCGAGGCAGAGGCACCACGCGAGGAGGAGGCAGAGGGCGAGGUCGAGGCGAGAGUGGAGGAUUCUACCAAAGAAGUAUUGAGGAGGGAGAGGUAGGCUUCGGCCGUGGAGCCAGAGAGAUCCACCGCAGCCAGAGCUGGGACGACAGGGGCGAGAGGCGUUUUGAGAAGCCUGUGCGUGCCAGGGAGGGGGUACGUGUUGGCUUCGAGGAGGCGACUGGUGUCCCUGUGCCUGGGGUACCAAGGAAGGACUACACGCGGUCGGACAGUGAGAACUGGCGUAGCCUCCGAGAGGAGCAGGAGGAGGACGAGGAGGAGGGGGGCGACCCCGGGGGCAGCUGGAGACUGGCCGGAGCACGGAGAUUAGAUGAUGGCGGUCCAAAGUCAGCAGGCUGGCGGGAGCACGACGGUCAGGUUGAGGGGCGUCGCAGGAAGUUUGAGUUUGACUUCGGCGGGGGUCGCAGGCGGGCCGGCAGCGAGGGGUUAGAGGACGACAGAGACGGACUGCCUGAGUGGUGCACUGAUGAAGAGGGAGAGAUGGGCACCUUCGACGCUUCCGGAGCCUUCCUACCCAUAUCCAAGGGAGGAAAGGAGGAUGAAUUGGACUUCCAGGGAAUAGAAGAGGAGGAAGAAGGGGAGGAGAGUCUUUCUGACAUGAAGAGGAUCAUGAAUGGAGGACAGAGAGUCGAUGUAAAGGAUUCCGCUGGUACCAGUCCCUCUUCCUCCUCUCCCCCUGGCCCCCUCUCUGCCCCUCCAGCUCUGGCUCUCAACCCCCCCAUGCCCCAGCUGUCCCUCACCGUGGCUGAGCUGGAGGCCUCUCAGAUGGCCAACAGCCACCCUGUCCCUGUCCUUGUCAAGGCCAGCAAGAUGCCAAGUGAAGUUCUCGAGGGCUCUCCAGCAGGGUCCUCCACCACCCAACAGAGCCCCAGCACCACCUCCAGUCUGCCUUCACCCCCUCCCUCCUCCUCUGCUGCUAACCAUCUCUCCCUGCCACCGGGGGGCGACACCGAGGACGACGAGGGCAUGAAGCACCUGCAACAGGAGGCAGAGAAGAUGGUGGCGUCCUUGCAGGACACGUCUCUGGAGGAGGAGAGUUUCACUCAGACACUGCAGGAGAGCAGAAACACAGCCUCCGCCCUGCCCCUCUCCCACGACGCUGCCAUGAAGUGGUUUUAUAAGGACCCCCAGGCAGAGAUCCAGGGUCCAUUCACCACUCUGGAGAUGUGCGAGUGGUUCCAGGCGGGCUACUUCUCCAUGUCUCUGCUGGUGAAGAGGGGCUGUGACGAGGGCUUCCAGCCGCUGGGUGACGUCAUCAAGAUGUGGGGACGCGUGCCUUUCGCCCCCGGGCCCUCCCCGCCGCCCCUGCUGGUGAGACCUCCACCGCCACGCCCUCAGCCUCUACCGCCCCGGGGGUCUGCUGGUAGCAUGGAUCAGGACCGUCUGAAGAAGCAGCAGGAGCAGGCAGCAGCAGUUCUCUAUCAACAGCUCCAGCAGCAGCAGCAGCUAUUCCAGCUCAUCAGCAGGUGCGGAGAGCAGGGUAUUUUGCCUUCGGUGAACAGGUCGAUGUCAGUGCCAGAUACAGGGUCCAUGUGGGACAUGCAUACCUCAGCUUCACAGCAAUCAGGCGGUGAAGCCAGUUUAUGGGACUUAACAAUGAAUUCUUCAACUCAGGGUCCAACUCUCGAACAGCUUCAGAAGCUCCAGCAGGAGAGGAGAGAAGCUGAACUCAGGGCAAAGCGCGAGGAGGAGGAACAGCGCAAGAGGAGGGAAGAGAAGAGGAGGCAGCAGGAGGAGCAGAAGAGGAGGGAGGAGGAGGAGAUCUUCAGACGCAAACAGUGUCGCCAGCAGCAGGAGCUGAUCAUGAAGCUGCUCCAGCAGGCCCCCCAGCAGGGCUCAGGCUCUGGGGUGGGGUCUGGCUGGGGCACUGGGGGUCUCAACAAGUCAGGGGCCAAGGGCCUCAGUCUGCUUGACAUGCAGGAGGCAGAGAGGCUUCUUAAACAGCAGCAGAGAGCCCAGCAGCAGCAGCAGAGAGAACGUCACCAAGGCCUGUCAAUGGGGGGUUCCUCCAUGGGUCAGUGGGGGGACGGAGGUGCUGUCACGGGCAGCCUGUGGGGAGGCGGAGGGGGGAUGGAGGGUAAGGCUGGGGGCGGCAUGGGUCUGUGGGACGAGGCAGUGAAGAACCAGACCAGAAGUAGCAGCAUGCAGGGACUGAAGAACAGCCGCAGCAGCCCCUCACUCAGUGAGCAGUAUAUGCUGAGCUGUAGGAAGCAGCGUACGGAUGAGGAGGACAAGCUGCUGAAGCUGCUGCAGGGCAUCAAGACGCCUCAGGACGGGUUCACCACCUGGUGUGAACAGAUGCUGCACGCCCUGAACACCCAAGCCAACAACACCUCCUCUCCACUGGACGUGUCCACCAUCGUGGCGUACCUGAAGGAGGUGGAGUCUCCCUACGAGGUCCAUGACUUUAUCCGCUCCUACCUGGGAGACACCAUGGAAGCCAAAGAGUUCGCCAAGCACUUCCUGGAGCGCCGUGCCAAACAGAAACAGAACCUGCAGCGGCAGCAGCAGCAGCUAUCAAAGGAAGUAGCAGGGCUGGCCAUGAGCAACUUCCCUCUGCCGGACUCCAUGAGGGGAGUGAGCCCCAGCACCCUGCAGUCCAUGUUCCAGGCCGCCCAGAUGGGGAAGGGAGGGCUGUACGACACCCAGGGGGCCAUGAAGAAGAAGAAACAGCCUGUGGUGCUCCACUCUGACCCCAGCAUCUUAGGGUACUCAUACCACAACGCGGGCGAGCGUCUGAGCCUGAAUGAGAUGGAGAUGGUGGAGGAUUACUGAUCCAGAUCUGAUCAGCGGCAAUAGCUACUACCUGAGGCCUUCUGUCUACUAAUCAGACAAAUCUGAUGACGAAUGUGCACUGCUUGAAGGGAGGGGGGAGAGGGGGGAGAAAGAGAGGAGGAUGGGAGAGAGAGAUGAGGAUGGGGUAGAAAGAGGGAGGGGAAUGGGGAACAGAGAGGAGGAGAGAGGGAGGGGGGGGGGGGAUGAAGAUAAUGGUGGGGAGAGAAGGGGGGAGAACUUGUAUGGGGAGAGGGAGGAGAGGAUUGUAUCUCCCUACCCUUGAAAAGAGAAAGGCUCCCCUGCUUUCAAUCGUUCACUUGAGUAGGGAGCGUGAUGUGGUGGGGGAAAGAGGAAUGAUGGGUAUCCCUUGGCACUUAUAAGACUAAGCACCUUAAACUGAACUAAUGCACUUUAUUAUUAAGAGGGGAUUUGAAUAGGGUUUUUGUUGUCAGUGUACGUACGGUGUGUGUGUAUUGAAUCUACACAAGAUGCUGUACGUAUACACGUGAAAAUCUGAACUGGAAGGGUAAGGUGAGGUGUAAGGUUGGUGGGAUAGAUUCACUGGGAGGGGGAACUCAAAGAUAGGGGACCUUUUUAUUUUGAAACCUUAUCAGAAAAACAAAUCCUUUCUUGAAAGACAAACACUGUUGUUUUUUUUACAAUACAUUUAUAUGAAAAGUAAAGCUAUUACAAAAAAAUACAUAAAAAAAACUUGAAGAUUUGCACUUGUGUUAAAAAAAACUAAGAUAAAAAAAUAGAAAAACAAAUGGGGUUAGAGAUUAAUAUUUCUGUGUAUGUAUUGGUGUGUGUGUGUGUGUGUGUGUGUGUGUGUGUGUGUGUGUGUGUGUGUGUGUGUGUGUGUGCAUUGUGCAGACUAGUAUGUUUCUAAUGUCUGUUAUGUUUUCUCCAUUGCUUACCAAGAUGUUUGAACACAUACCAGGCCAUUAUGUAAUUUUGUUCGAAUAAGAAUUGAUGUUUUUUCCAUGAGUAGACGUGUCCUCUUGUACAGAGGGACUUUCUUUGUAUCUAAGUGUGUAUGAUUGUGUGUGUGACAGAGGGGGCAAUGGCACAACACAUCCUUUCUCUCACCAGCUCUUCAUCCCCAGAGAAACGUAAUAGAAAUACAGACAUUUGUAGAGGAGGAUUAUGGCUUUGCGCUCCUUCAUAUAUUGUUAAAGCACCACUUGUUUCUGGGGUGUUUUGGGGUACGGGCUGAUGGAGCAGUGCCCCUCCCCGCUGUCUUCUCUCAGCCACGGUGUGUUUGUGUGUGUGUGUGUGUGUGUGUGUGUGCUCAUGCAUGCACAUUUGUGCCUAAGAACUCUGAAAGGGUGAAUGGGAUGGAGGGAUUGUUCAAUGGCCAUUGAGACAUUUACUUUUUGAGUGUGUUAUGGUUAUGUUAAGCGCUCUGUAUAGCCCGUGUAUGUCAAUCAUAUAUCCUAAUAUUUCAGGUUUAGUCUGGGGAUGAUGAUUGAUUGGAAGGUUAGUCCAGUUUAGUUUUCCUGGGAUGUGAUCACGUUGCCUUGUCAGUUCUCUUUAACUUGCGUGUGAAAGGUGUGCGGUUUCAGAUUCUGCUCAAAACAAUUAGCAUCACACUGUCCAUGUACAGGAUGGUGCACACAAUGUUAGCAUAUUCUUGUGUUACUUAUUCAUUGCUAUUGUUGAUGAUGAUGUUUCUUUUUUAGGAAUAUAAAUGAAAAUACAUGAAUAAUCAGUUUUAAAAAAAGAAAGUAUUUGGACUACGAUUAUGAUGAGCACUGCUAUUAUUAUUCUUUUUUUUCAUUAUUUUUUUUUAUCCCUUAAUUUAGUUUUUGUUGCAUUACCGCCAUGUGAAGUGCGUUUAUUUCUUUCUUAAGAAAACAUUGAAUGUAUUCCCAAAAAAGUCAAAAAAAAAUGUGAUACAGGAUUUUUUUCCUCCACAAAAUGUCUAAAAAUGGAAUCAAAAAAAAAAACUACAAAUCUAAGAUUGAAGAGGUCGGCGAGUUCUUUACUCUUUUCUUUUUUUACACAAAAGAGGAAGAACUCGGGAAGGCUACAGUUGAACACACUGCCUCUGCAAUCCUGUUCGUACAAAAACAAUAUUACUAUGACAAAAUAAAGAACAGACUCUUUACUAUUCCUUACUGGAGUUUUGGUUGUUUACAAAACACACGGAUUUCUGUGGGUGCAGUUUUUUGGGGGUUAGGGUGGAUAGUGGGUAAGGGCAGGGUUUUGCAAGUGCGCUUUUGCAAAAUGGACAUUCAGUGGCCUAUGUUGUUUUGGCGGGAAGGAAGAAGGACAUCACAAUGUGACCCUUUAGUGGAUGUGGCUCUUUUGUAACUGACUGAUCAUCAAGGAGUGCAGGUGAAAAAUCAAAGAUUGUCUUUUAUUUUUUAUUUUUACUGCCUGUAUUGUAACUCAAGGACUAAGUGUUUCUGUUCGUGGAGUAGAAAACUUACCGGUAAUCAAAAAGCAGAAACAGCAGAGGAGUUUUUGGUACUUAGAACAUUGCAUAAAGGAAACGACAAUAUCAUCGCUUUAAUAGAGAAGUCUCCUGGAGGAAAAAUAUGGAGUACCUUUUUUUUGCUCCUUGAACAUGUAAACGAAACAAAGAUGGACAAACCCGUGAGGAGUGGUUGAGAAUAAAGGAAAUGUAAGAUUUAUUAAAACCUUACAUACAAAUGACAUUGACCUCAAAUCUACCAUCGCAUUCAAUUGGACCGUGUGCAGGCAGAAUUAUUUUUCCUUUUUUGUUUAAAAGGGGUCUCAGGGUGUGUAGUGGGGGUAUUUUAACCCUGCGAUGAGGGGAAAUGAAAGGAUACUACUAGUAUGAUCUCUGGGGGACACCCAUCAUCCCUCGUCAACUCACUGUUGACGAGGGCUGCCCCGACCACUCUCACUAUGCACUUUGGUUCAUUCAAACUGUGAGAUGCCAUCACAUUUGGGAUAGGAGCACAGAAAUAUUGUAGUACAAAGGGAGGGUUUAACAAGAAAUGUAACUUAGACUGAGUUAAUACCGUCUCACUGAAAACAAGAUUUUCAAAACAAAAGACAGGAACACGCCUUCUUCCUCCUGUACAUAACCAUAUUUUUGUAUUAGGCCUAACUUUAAACAAGAUCACUUGGACAAAACUGCAAGGCUUGAUAUACAAACUAGCAGAAUAAGGAAAUUCACGAGACAUUGAUUUACAGAGUGAAUAACCCUGUGGUAAAUGAAUUACCUGGAAAUUCCCCAAACUUUGCCAGUAGCCCUGUAUGUCUUCAGGGAUAGGGAAAGAAAAGACUUAACAUGGAUGGAGCUGGGGACUGCAGGGACUCUCAAGACUGAAUGAUGAUCGCUGCUGCAGAGCCCAGCCCAGAGUGUUUGACCAACUGGCACCAGCCAAUGGAGAAGGCAGGGGAGAGACAGUCAGGCGGAUGUAUCAGGGGACCUGCUGCCCAGAUGCCCCCUCCCCAACCUUCUGUCACCUAGCCACUGCCUGGAGAUUGAUCACGAGCUGACAGCAAGAAGACAACCAUCAUAUGGGGUCCUCACUGUUCCUAGCUGCCCUCUGCUGGAGAGGAGAUGGAGAAGCUCCUCAGCCCUUUCUUCUUCCACUCCUCCUCUGCACCCCUGGUGGUGAAAGAGCAGGAACCACAUCAGCUGCAGUAGCAGAGGACCUGGAACAGUGGAGAAACUGACCACACACACACACAGAGCUUUACACGCAUGUCCAUGCAGCAUUCUCAAAUACUCUCUUUUCAAGAACCACAUUCUUGAAAACCACAUUCAAACACACACAAAAGCAGAAAGGCUCAAUACCAUACACUUGAGUUUUGACUGCUAUGUAAAUAAUAUUAAAGUGUUUUAUUUUUUCUGUUCAACAUGCCUUAACUGUGGCGAUCCGCCUUUGUGUGGCAAACUCAAAAACAUAUAUUAACAAUAAGAGUGAAAGCCAGUUGGAGAACCUGAUAAGGACUAUAGCAUUUGAAUUAGUGGGGUGGUGUCAAUGUUCUACUUACCGGGACAGCGUUUUAUUGGCCAACAACACUGCUGUAUGUUACUUUAUUUCUGUCCAGCAUCUAUGGCAACAAAGUAGAACUAAAGGCAUUCUCUGAGGACGAUGAUUAAGACUGAUGGUUUUUCAAAGCAAGAUGAACUGUUCUGCUAUCCAGUUUUAAAUGCCCAGACAUGUAGCUGAAUAUGCAGGCUGAGGAAUCUGAAGCCUGUGUAUUAUGGAGCUGAGCUGACCAGGAAGGGUGUGGUAAAUAGAUCCAUAUGUUCCUUUACAGUUCUACACAGUGCCCCACUACAUAUUACUGUGUACCCCAUCACUGCAGUCAUUUUUUGACCCAAUGAUUUUUGACAGUUUGAGACUUGAUUUGAAAGAAGUGUUUUUAUCCUAUUGAGGACCACCCAUUUAAAAUGAAGGAUAUACAGUGCCCUCUGUAGUUAUUGGGACGUUGAAGCAUUUCUUAUUUUGGCUCUGCACUCCACAAGUUUUGAUUUUAAAUCAAACAAUUAUGAGGUUAAAGCAUAGGUUCUCUGCUUUUAUUUGAGGGUAUUUGUGUACAUAUUGGUUCCACCAUUUAGAAACGACAACACUCUUUAUACAUAGUCACCCCUAUUUCAAGGGACCAAAUGUAUUGGGACAAAUUCACCUAUGUGUAUUAAUGUAGUGAAAAGUGAAACAUUUGGUCCCAUAUUCAUAGCACGCGAUGGUUACAUCAGCAAUGUGACUACAAACUUGUUGGAUGCAUUUGCUGUUUGUUUUGGUUGUUUCAGAUUAAUUUGUGCCCAAUAGAAAUGAAUGGUAAAUGUGUUGUCAUUUGGAAUCACUUUUAUUGUAAAUAGGAAUAUAAGAAUUAUGUUUCUAAACACUUCUACAUUAAUGUGAAUGCUACCAUUAUUACAGAUAAUCCUGAAUGAGUCAUGAAUAAUGAUGAGUGAGAUCAUACCCCCAAGACAUGCUCACCAAUACAAUAACAGGAGGUUAGCAUUUUUGGGAGGUAUGAUAUUUGUGCGUUUUUAACUUUCUCACUCAUCAUUCACAAUUCAUUCAGAAUUAUCGGUAUUCACGGUAGCAUCCACAUUCUUAUUAACAAAAAGUUAUUCUAAAAUGACCCAACACAUUUACCAUGAAUUUAUUUUAGGCACAAAGUAAUUUGAAACACAACCAAAACAAACAGCAAAUGCAUCCAACUAAUGUGUUUAGUCACAAGCUUGAUGUAGUCACUGUGUGCUAUGAAUAUGGGACCACUACUUUAAUAGACACGUAAGUGAAUUUGUCCCAAUACUUUUGGGACGAUGUAUAAAAAGUGUUGUCAUUUGUAAAUGGUGAAACCAAUAUGUACACAAAUGCCCUCAAAUAAAAUCGGAGAAUGUAUAGUUUAACCUCGUAGUAAUUGUUCGAUUUCAAAUCCAAACUUUUGGAGUCUAUACCAUAAGAACAAAAAAUGCUUCACUGUUCCAAUAAUGAGAGGGCACUAUCUCUUCUUGGUGGUCCUCUGAGUAGAUUAUCUUUGUGGAUUGUCUAUUUGACACUUUGAUUACUGACCAUUGUACAGAUUAUGUCCUCGUAUAUUAGAAGCAUCUUACUAACGUUAUUGAAUGGCUGUGUAUGUUCCUUGUAUGUAUGCCAUCUAUGCAGUUGAUCAUGGGUUUGUCUGUCUCUUUAAUGGAAACCAGGUUUUCAAUGGAGAAGCUCAAUUCUUCCCCUGUCAGUCCGGUUGAAUUGUUUUGUAAGUGUUUUCCAACUGCUUCGGUUGGUCAAACAAAUGAAUAUUAACUUUGGGAGAUGAGACCCUCUACUUUGAGUGGAACAUGUUUGUUUAUAUAUAUAUAUAUGAAUAAGGGGGGUGCCAUAUAUAUGUAUAUAUAUAUAUAUAUAUGAUAGUUUUGAUCAGUUGAUAUAUUAGUUAAUGCAACUGGAGGAAUAUCUAAAAUGUCACUGAAGUAUUUUAUGAAUACUGUGGAUUUUGACUUCAAUCUUUCAACUCCAUCCGUGCGGGAUAAGAAUGCCCUCCAUAAACUGGUUUGCAGUGAACUGUUAAUAUGUAGCUGUCUCUAAAUUAUAAUUCUCUUGAGUUAUAUUUGGGUGUUUUGUUUUUUAAAAGUUGGCAUUGUCUUUGUUGGAGUAAUUGUUGGUCACCUGUAGGUGAACAGUGGGUUUGUUCUGUCUUUCUGUUAAUCAUUGAAGUUCAAAGUGAUUGAUGUUUUGGCACUGUGAUGCCCCUGGGUGAGAUUGCCAUGCCUUUGAUGUAUGAAUUCCAUAAAAAUGUAUGAUUCAUUAACACACCGAUUUUGAUCAAAUUAUAUCAAUUUUCUUUUUCACCCAAAUGGUCGGCUCAGUUCCAUCGCUUAAACGUUUUGAAUAUUUUAGAGCUAAGCAACAUAAAAACAAAUGCAUUCAGAAAAAUAACCUAAAAAGUGUAAAUAGUUUUGGUUUUGUUGGUUUGACGAGAACAAAAAAUUAUUAAAAUGCAUUUAACAAUG